AUGUCCACCAGCCGCUGGCACCUGUGGUCUCUCGCGCUCCUGUGCGCGCUCCCCUUCGCCUCGGCGUCCAACGUCAUUGUGCUCGGCACGGCCGACUUUGAAGCCAAAACGCAGGCGGCGUCCGGCGCCACGACUGGGGACUGGCUCGUCGAGUUUUACGCGCCGUGGUGCGGCCACUGCAAGAAACUGGCGCCCAUUUACGAGCAAGUGGCCGACGCGCUCAAAGGCCAAGUGAACGUGGCCAAAGUGGACGUGACGGAGAACUCGAAGCUCGGCCAGCGCUUUGGGAUCCGCGGCUUCCCAACGAUCGUGCACUUCAGCCAUGGCAAGGCGUACAAGUUUGGCAGCAAGCGCGCGCUCGACGAGCUCGUUGCGUUCGCCCGCGGCGGGUUCAAGCAAGUGGACGGCCAAGUCGUGAGUCCUGCCCCGGGCGUGCUGGACUUUGCGACGCAGCAGCUGUCGCUCGUCAAGCAGGACUUUGUUGCGCUGCUGGCGACCAAGAAGAAUGUGCUGCUGGUCACGUUCUCGAGCGGAUUGCUGCUUGGUCUGUUGCUUGGCUGUCUCUGCGGCUGUUGCACGAGCCGCAAUGGAAAGGCUGUGAAGGCCAAGAAGGAGUAA